AUGAAGAUGUUACAAGAUUUGUGGACCACAUUCACAGCACAACCAAACAUGUCAGUGGGAGAGGUGUUUGUGGAGGGGAGUGGUCAGCAGCCAGAGAGACCUCACAAAGAUCUGCCAGCAAGGACGCACAGACAUGCUGACUCUCAUGGCCAUGCGAUGGAAUCAGCAAAAGUUCCGAAAUUUGGCAGUUUCACUGACUCGCCGAUAUCAGAAGACCAGAAAAGCUCUGCAAAGCCAGUUACAAAACCUAGAGUCCUUGAAAGCCCAAUUGGCAGUGACAGAGAGCUAACUGGAAGACUGGCAAGAGUAACAACCACAAAUGAUGCUGAUGGCUUGACCAGCAGAAUUGAGGUCCUGGUAGCGAGUAUCAAGAGACGUUCCCAUCGGCUCUACAAAGAUACCGAUGGGAACAAAGGUCGUGCCAGAAUCCGCCGCAAGAUCAGGGAGGAGAAGGGCAUCCUGACAUCUGUUGUGGAGAAAUACAACAGAAUGGUUCCAAGCACAGAAAGUCUUUGCAUGGAAACCAUUCUGUCUGGUGAGACAGCUUGGCCAUGGCAGCUACCACACAGUGACUCUUUCGAUCUAAGGACAAAAAGAAGAGCGUUUGACAUCAUCAUGUCAGUAAGAAGACUUGAGGAGGAGCUGAAGAUUCUUGUGGCAGAGAUGGACCACCACUGGAAAUCUCUUUCAACUCGUGCUGAUACCCUCAGAGAGCUGUCCCACAUGUUUGCCAGUGAGACAAUGAGAAAUUCACCAUGUGGCUUAAGUGAAGAGGGUUUGAAAGGUCUGCAGAGCGUCAUCCUGAGAAAGCAACAUAAAGUCAGAGAAAUGAAGGUGCAAGCAAGAGACUGUUACCUGCAAGUUUUGUCUGGAGAAGGCAACAUCAACUUUUUGUACAGUGCUUCAGCUGAUGAGUAUGACAGUGACUGUGAAAUGUCUGAUGACGGACUGUAAUCCACAAGACUGUGACACCUUUCAUCGUUCUGGACAAUGACCUUAACUCUGUAUAUAAAGAAUGUAAUAAAAUCUGCUUUUCAUCACCUUUAUAAAUGGAACCAAAAGUGUUGCCUCUUCUUUCACAUACAUAGAAAUGUGUGCAUGCAUGCCUCUAGAACCAGUAUGUGGUGGAAAUUAAGUGCAUUAAUUGAAGUAUUGUAUGGUACUUAGAGAUUUGAGGUAAGAGUUUCUUCUCAUCCAAACUUUACUUAUACUCCACUGCAAUUCAGAGAGAGAAAAAAUGCACUUGACAGCACAUGGAGAGCUUUUAAAUGACAUUUUGUUGCAAAAGAAACUUCUCAACAGUACAAUUAGUUGAUUGGCAGAAAAUGAAUUGCCAAAUAUUUUUCACGCAAAAACAUUUAAUGGUUCCAGCAUGUAUUUUUUUAAUUUGAGGUUUGAACUGUUCACAGCUUUUAUCAAUGCAUCUUUUUGGGGUUUUGUGUAAUUGUGUCUGUUUUUCUCAUUUUCAUACUUGCUCACAAACAAAACUCUUCAUUUGUUGAGAAAUAAAUAGCAGAUUAAUUUAUGAAAAUAAUCAUUAGUGUACGUUGUGUACAAAAUAAUGAAUAAUAAUCUUGCAUGAGUAAUAAUAAUCUAAGGUUAUAUGAUUCACAGGGGGAAUGAAAUAUUAGAACACAGCUUGUGGCUGUGGAAGUGUAGAGUGUAUUUCAAAUAUAACAACUGAAACCUUUUUAGAGACAGAAGAAGCUAAUUAUGAGGAAGAAAAGCAUUAUGAUAAGGAGGAAUCAUUAUUUCCCAGUUUAAUAUUACAUCUGCUUAUGUGUCAUCUAGUAAAAGUAUUGGAGUCAACUGAUUUGAUUUUGUGGUGCUCAAAACAUUUCACCACUUGUGUAGCUUCAUCAGCUGUGACCUGAUAAACAGCAUGAUGAUAGCACUUUUUAAGUCUCUUUUUAUUUCUAAUGAAUCCAAUUUGUCUUUAUACUAUUUUAUAAAGUAUCUUUAUUCUAUUUUGUAGUCUACAAUAAAAUGAUUUACAUGG